AUGGAAAGUUUAUAUCACGAAACAAAUAGUCUUUUGCAACAAAUACACUUUGAUUUGGGUAAUUUAGAAGGCAUGCAAAAUGAAAGUGAUGCUCAGAAAAUUAUCCAAAAUAUUUACCAACAAUUAAAGCAGAUUGAUGGGAACUGUGAACGUCUAGAUCUAUAUGUUAGCAAAGAACCGCCGCAUCGACGACGUACUGUGAAAUAUAAAGUGGAUCAAUUGAAAUUCGAUUGUCAUUCGCUGCACUCAACGGUUGAUAACAUACAUAUGCGUAUGACCAGUAAAUGGAGGGCCAUUGCUGAAAGAGAAGAGCUUCUGACUCAAAGAUUUCGUCCAAAUGAUACAACACAUGUUUUAAUCGAAGAUUGCGAAUUAUUUCUCCAUGAUCGUUUACAGUCCUCACAUACUGCUGUUGACGAACUUAUUAGCCAUGGAAGUGCUAUUUUGGAGCAAAUUCGAUCACAGGGAAUAGGAUUGGGAGGAAUCAAACGUAAAGUUCUAAAUAUUGGACAAACGGUACAUAAUUCUUAA